CCACGGUACAACACGUAAUUCUAACACGAUACUAACAUAUCCUCCGAACGAUUUGAGUUGACUCCCCAGUAGUUGAAGAGCUCAGUGGGAUCCUGCCAUCUCGAUCAACCCCUCCCGAGUCCAUCAUUAAAAAAGGGAAGAACUAAUGCUGUCAUCCAAACAUGGAUCUAAAGUUGGAGGUUGUUUUGUCAUCAAGCAUCAAACGGAAGAAACCAUGGCCUCGAUUCUGUUGGCUUGGGAAGGAGAAGGAGUCUGUGUUCCUGUUAGAUGACAGGCGGAUCAGUGAGAUCAACAUGAUGUCCGGUCGCACCAAGAAGAGGACUCCUAAACUCCAUCCUUUGCUAAACAGUGUGGUGACGAUGGCUUCAUCCCACAACAGUAUGUGGCUUUGUGGACUUUUGGUCUCAGGGAAGCUUUUUCUGUGGAACAAGGAUAGAGACUUGUUGAAAACUGCUGCAGCAGUCCCAGAAGUAGUUCAAAUAAUUACUGCGGUUCAAGGGAACGCUUCACGACUGUCGCUUCAGGUUUCAGGCGAUGGGAUGCGUGUGUUCCUGGUCGCCAUAACAGGGCAAGUGUUCCUGUGGCAGUGUUUGGAUGUCAGGGAUUUGACAGGGGUAAGAGAUGGCACAGUCAAGGGACACUGGGCACAUAUACAACCCCUUGAAGACUCCAUUCUGCCUUCCUCACAAGACAAAGAAGCAUCCCAACACACUAUUUUCAUCAAGACAGAGGUGAUGGGAGACGCCUGCUUAUCAGCCUUUGUUUUCACAUCUGAGAAGAAGCUGAUCAUCACCUGCCUGAAAAUUCAAUGGGAAGAAAGCCCUUUGAGAGUUGGUUCUAUAGGAUACAGCGUACAGUGGGCGACGAAGACGUACCCCAUGUCUCGUCUAGCCCCGCCUUGCCAACCAGUGAAGUCUAGAGGGGCCUUGAUGUCGGCCUUCUCCCCAGAUGGUUGCCUGUUAGCUAUUGUCCUGAACCAGAGACAGCCUAAGGCCACACAGGUCCUCUUUGUGAGCACACAGAAUUUUGUCUCAACAUCAAGUGGCCUCGGAGGAUGUGGAAGUAAGAAACUGGAGAUCCCCUCUAAAUACAUAAGAUCCUACUGGGUGGGCAGUGUGAGUUGGUCACCAGGCGGUCUGUUCCUGGCCUGUGUUCUGAAGAGAGGCUCCCUUCUUAUGUUAACUCGCCUUGGGGGGCUUAUCACUCUGACAAGCUGUGGGUGCAAUGUUGACUUUGGGCCUGCACACUUCCUACCCCUGCACCCUCUCGUCACUUACCGGGCGCCAGUGUCUGCAGGGAAAGGAGAGGCCUCUCGGUCCAGCUCGAGCCUGUCGGUGCAGGAUGUCCUGAGACAGCGGUACUCUGUGACCUGGCAUCCACGGCUUUUGUAUCUCAUCGUGUCUGAUGGAUACAUGGCCACAGUUAUGAGGGUGCUGGAUAAGCCUUCUGCUAACCUGAUUCUGAAAACACUUCUAAAGGACACAAGCACGGACUUGGAGAAGGCCAGUCGGAUACUGGAUAAAUCACAGAUUCAUGUGAGGGCAUGGUUGGAGUCCCUUUCUUGUCUCAACCUCGACAGCAGCCUUAUUACGCGUGGGCACAACACUACAGACUCGGUCCUUUCAGCAGCCACGGAUGGAUCCUCUUUGCCACUUUUCCUGCAGGAUCAGGGGACGUUGGGUGGUACCAAGGAACUUCUUGAAAAAGUACAGACUUUCUUUGAGGACGACUCUGAUGUUGACGGACCUCCAGCUGGUUCUUGUGUGGAGGAUGGGGGCCGUCUGGAGUUUGCCUCAAUGUUUGACACACUCCAUGCCAUGGACACGCAGACCGACAUUGGACUUGUUGCCAGCCCAGAUUAUGAACAUUAUUCCGGUGAAACGGAGAGGAAGACCCCAAUUAUUCAUCGUGAACUUGGAAAAAUCCAGACUAAGCUGUUAACAGCAUGGGCUUUUGGCAUCUCUCUAGGAAAUGCUGUGGAAAACAGAACCUGUCUGUUAAAGCAUACCCUCUGCUGUGUAGUGCGAUUGGCUGCUUUACUCCAUCUGAUCCCCGGCUCUGUGAACACAGGGAGAAAGAAUAUCUUGGUUUCUACCCGUCUUCUGCACCUUCUCAAGACCCUUCUGUCAUUUCUUCCCUGGGAUAACGCUCACUCUGAUGGGCCAUGCUGCCUGGGGCUGGUGGUAGAGCUCAGUAAACGGCUGGCACGCCUCCUUCUGACCCCUCAGCCUGAGUCCCACCAGACUGGUCACUAUCAGUUGUCAUCUCAUAGUCUAUCCUCAGUCCUGCUUAUCUUGCAGCUGGUCUCUGAUGCGCUUGACAACGCCUACAGCCUGCAGCAAAGAACCGUCUGGUCGCCUGCAGAGAAGCAAACUCUUUCCCAGCCGCCACACUUCUGGCCUUCAGAUGCACACGAUGUGCCUCUGCUACAGGAUGAGAGAGAGGAGGAAUCUCGUUUUGUACAUCAGGCACAACCUGUUCCCCAGCGACCAUCCAGCAGAUUGUUGAGAGUGUGGCAGUGGGUCUACAAGAUCACCCAGCAGUAUAUGGAUGAUCUGCAAAGCUUUAAAGGCUGUGAUGGCUGGGAGGAAGAGCAGCAACAGUCGUCUAUAAUCAUGUCCCAGAUCCAAAUGGCUCUGCAGGCUACAGGAGAAAGGCUGGAGGAGGGUCCUGCACUGCUGAGUUACCCAGGUGAACGUCUUUUCCUGUGCGGCUCGUACCCAAAAAGUGCAGAUAUAUGGCGGUCGCAAAUCUGUGAGGAGAGUAACAGAAACUGUGAUCGGAGUGUCUUCAAGGAGACGCGGCUUUGUCUGGCACUCCUCUACAGUCUGUUAUCCCAGUACCGUCUGAAAGAAAGCCAGGAGUUGGGGGACCACAUGGCCCGCCUGAUCCUGCACAGGGCCGGAGACCAGAAGGACAACAUGACUUGCAUGACAGCUCUUCCUUUAUCUGCCCUUGCAGCCGACUCUUUUCCUUGCCCGUGGCUGCCGAUGGACCUCCACACUGAUGCAGCUUUAGCUGUGGUUCAGACCCUGGGGAGAUUCAUGGCCUCUUAUUUCACCAACCAACCCCUCUACAUCCUGCCCCCUCACCAUGUGGCCAUCCUGCCUCCACUACAUCUACCUCAUGCCCCUGAAGGGCGCUUGGUCCCACUGUGCCAGGAGGAGGUCUCUAGGGCAGUGCGACAACAGCAGCUGUCAGAAGUAUGGACAGUCGACUACGCCCAGGACCUGCUCCUGCUCGGGGGCCUGCUUCCUGAGACUGUGUGGUUGGCUUAUCAUCUCGGGGACUGGAAGACAGCGGCCUCUCUGAGCCUGGCCUAUACAAAUUACUGCACCGAUAACUUUGACUUUACCCGCCUCCGGAGGAGAGAGCUCCACCUCCCAACAGCUUUAGAACCAGAAAGCAUUUUUGAGGUUGAGUUGGAGUGUCUUCUUGGCCAUAAGUCUGACUUCCAGGAGCGCAGAGAACAAGAUGGUGACAAGAGCUUUACAGACCCGUCCGAAGGAGAAGACUGGGACUUGUUACAGGUUUCCAUUCAGGAGAUUCUGAAGGCUUCAGUCAUGGCUGGAGUGAAUCUUAUGUCUUCACCAUUGUCUUCCCUGCUGGACACAGCCAAAGACCUGUGUUCUGGCCUGCCUACCUUGGUGCCCAAUGGACUAUAUCUGCCUUCCCCUCCUCUUUAUUGCCCCCAGCCUUCCCCCAACACACAGGACCCAACAGGGACAAUAGGGCAGUUUGCAGAAGUUGCAUCACGUCACAAAGUGUCUGGAGUUCUCCAAAGAUUACUGUUACUCCUGAGGUCUGCACGUUGUUGCCAUCCUGCUGCCCAGUGGUACAUCAGCCACCUACGCCGUGCCAGACACGUACUACACAAGAUCAAGAAGAAAUAUGCCUAUCCAUCCGCCGCUGAAGAAGAAGAAAAGGCUUUCCCAGAGAGCCUGAUGAAGUUUAUCAGCCGGAGUGGAUUCUUCAGACGAGGGCCGAAUAAAGACGGUCACCUGGACCCUGACACCAUUCAAACUAUUAUCUGUUUCAGGGAGCUGUGCGCUUUGUGCUGGAUGCUUCAUGUCCGGGACCAGCUCUCCAUUUCCUGCAGGAAGUAUCAGGCUGCCAGACAGAAUAGUAGAAAUGAACAGAUCACUGGUGGUUCAGAAGUGAGAUCGAGCUGUGUCGACGCUCUCCGCUGGGUCUCUCGUUUCUUGCCUUUCUCUUGUUUCCUCAAUGCCGAGGAGAUCCUCCAGGACAUACUGCUCAGCCUGGUGUCUGAACUGCCUCCCCUCUCUCUGGUGGCCGACGCACUGGUACGAGCCUUCCCAGAGGAGGAGGAGUCCGUCAGAGUCCCUCUGAGAGAGAAGUAUAACUCACUGCUUCAGAAACUGAGGGGAUGCAAUGUCCUUGAGGGGGAAAAGGAGGAGGUGAACGAGUUGAUGAUGAUUGUGAUCCAAGACAAAUUCAGGCAGAGGAGAAAACACCUGGGGCGCCUGGCGAGGCACCUGGCCCCCCUUGAGCUCCACCUGUGGGAGAACGAGGAGGAGCAGGAUGCCAGGGGAAGCAAACAUGGGAUGGCCAUGUUGAGACAACUCUCACUGGGGACAAGUCUGAGCACCAGCACCUUGACUGACUGCGGGUUUCCCUUGGUGUACAGUGAUGGAGACACAGUGGAUACCACAUCUGAGGCCAUCUCUCCUGAGAUGCACAGCAGAGCCACAACAAGGGGCAAAAAAGCAAAAGUCAGACAACAUGCGAAGAAGACUGCUGUUAAGGUUGAAAGUGUCAUUCCGGAGGAGAGUCAGCCGGGCGACGCCAAGGAGAAUGAACAGCCCUCCCUACCAGUGGUUGGUACCUGGGAGUUUGAGUUGGAAGAUGAAGAGUAUCUCAAUUUCCUGGAGCUCUUCCUCAGCUACGUGCUAGAGAAGGAUAGUGCCGAUGGAGGAGACCCAGGCGGUGAACUUCCGCUGUUGAGGGCCUUCUCCUCCCAGCUGAGGGAGAGGGAGUUGCAUUCACUCACCUUUGAUGUGCUCACAACUAUUCAUCGCCGGCAGAGAGAUGUGCACCAUCCAGCGAGAAAACACUCGGGCCAUGAUCCUCCCGUGUUCAGAGCCGGCUGCUGCUUCAAGCCCGUGAAACAAGGUGCAACACCCGAUCUGCAAACAUCCUCUGUCUGGAGUGAAGCCCCCACAUCCAGAACUAGCCUCUCAGUCACCUCUCUUCUUCGCCAGGGAACUGGAAAGCAAAAAGGUUUGUUCGGCCUCCGACAGCAGAGGUCUUCAGGUCAACGAAUAAAGGGAGGGCUCUUUUGUUCUGAAGCUAGCCCGAGUAGAAGGGCCUUUCCAUCAAGGCAGCCUUCAGAAAACUCGAUAUUUGGCUCCUCAACGUCUGUGGAGGCCGUGAUUGAACUGCAGCAGGGCCUGGACCCUACGCUAGAUGCUCAGUUUCCAGAGCUGGGCAGGCUGCUGGAGUGGAUGGUACGCUGGGCUGACAGGAGGGCGCUACAAGGCCAUCAUGGCAAAAAGAAGAAAGAGAGGGGAAGAGGGGAUGGAGGGACAGCUGAUGACGGAGUCGUGAUCCGUGUCAAAGCUUCGGCGCCUGCCGUCCUCACUUCCCUCAGCUUGCUGGAGCGCAGGUACACUGCCUUACUCGGCUCAGACCGCUACACUGCCCACAUCCAAGUCCCCGAAACACAGUGGACUGUUGCCCCUGUGCUGCAACCGGAGGCGGAUGGGAAGCUGGAGAGAGAGAGCAGUGUUGAUACAGGUUACCCUGGAUCAGCCAACACUCCCAUCAUUGGUCUUGAUUGCAAUCUACAGCAAGAAGAACUGUCCAUCGGUUCUUGUUCAGAUGAACCAGAGGAACAGGCAUCUCACAGGACACCUCUCCCUCUCCCUGAUGACCAACAUCAACUGACCUCUGAUGCUCAGCAGAGACAAUCCAGUUCAAAAGAACCAUUUCACGAUGACUUGGAUCUUACACCUGAAAAAGAAGACAAAAGAAGUGAGAGUGAGGGAUUUGAAGUAUCCUCCUCAGUUUCCAAUGGGAAAAUCUCUGGAAACAACUGCACACCUGAAACAAGUUUGAAGCUUGCAGACCUGGACAUCUCAGAAAGUGCUGAAGAUGUGUCCAGCUCCAUCUCUCUCCACAGUCAUGAUGAAGGCCCACAAGCCCCCUCAUACCCAGAGCCUCAAGCCCCUCCCACCGUCCAGCCUGAGGCGGAGGUCCAGGCAGACCCUUUUGGUUCAAUUGGAAUGCUGCCCACCAACACACAUGUGGCUCCUCCGGAUCUUCAGCCACAAAGCUCCGCAGCCGCUGCAGCCACUGCAGACACUGCAGACACUGUAGAUUCUACAACUCCCAGUCAGCCAUUAUCCAAUCAGACUCUGCCAAUGCGACAGCGUCUGGGUGAAGACUUAUUCAAACUGGUUCAGAAUAUCAACUACAUGAGCCUGAUGGAGGUUUUGGGAGCUUCGUUUUCUAACCUGCAACUUGCCCAGCAGAGCUCUUCUUUGGCCCAGUCUGUCAUGAACACCUCACACCCUAAUGUGCCAUCUUACGCUCCCACAUUUAUCCCUCAACCAAAUCCCUUCGGCGUUCAAACCACCGUUUCUUUGCCGCCUCAGACACAAGCAUGUUUUCCAAAUUCAAGAAACAACAACCCUGAGUCCAGCCCCGCCCCUGCAUGUCCGCUUGCAGAGCAGCCUGCCUUCCAAAGCUCAGGGAAAACCUCUCCAACGGGCAGCCAGUGUCACACCACCAGGAAUCUACCCUCCACUGCUAAUGGUGCAGGUGUACAUUAUCAGGAAAUGCAGCCACUCUCCGUCCAGGCGCUAUCACCAGAAAUCCACUUGAGUGAGAACAGGAGGUUAAUCCCACCCUCACAGGGGCUUCUGGCCACUACUCACACCAGUCAUGCUACUCACAAUGCCCCCGCACCUUCUAAUAAUAGCAAACAAAGUGAUCCUGCUCCCCAGGUCUCGGGCCUGAAGUUACUUCAGCUCGACUGUCCUUCAUUACCCCAGCAGAUUGGCCCACACAUUCCCCGAGGCCCCCAGGCGCUCCACACUACAAACCCUACAACUAAGGAAUCCCAUCAGCACAAGCAUCAACUCAGUUUUAAUCUUCUGCAUGAUCCAACUCCCAGGCACUCUCAACCCAAGACUCAGGCAUCGGAGAGAUCCAGGGUGCAAGGGUUCUCCCUCCUCCCUCCUGCUUUACCAGCUCAGUCACCUGAACCAAUGCACGGCCUUCGUCUGCUGCGCUUACAGCCGGUUCCACACAGCAACACCACGUUCCCCAAGCUACCCGUAGCACCGGCCUCCAGGCCCACUCCUAUCAUUACCGUUCCAAUGGGGGAAGCACCUAUGAUCAAGCUUCUACACAUAGAUCCUGGACCACAAAUGGUGUUUCCCAAAGCAGCUCCGUCAGCCCAAAUGACCCGUUUCAUGUCCAUGGAGGAAUUGUCAAGUUCAGUGGCCGGGAGGGAGAAUGCUGAAAAGGCUCAACUGCAGAUGCUCAGUGUCGACCCAACUACUGAAAGCACGAGAAAAGCUCCCACUUCUCCUUGCUCUAUCUCCAGCAAGAGGGAGAAGAGGAGAGAGGAGAAGGGAGAGAGGACAAGAAAAACAGAGGUCACAUUCAGACCAAAUGAGUCCAUCAUCCCGACACAAGAGCCAACAAAUGAGCCUGUACCCGACGAGCCUGCAGCUGCUGAAGAGAUCACGCCUGGACAAGAUGUUGCUAAUUUUGCACAAUUUGGGUCCUUUGAUUCUUUGCUGACUGGUCAGAGAUUAUUGGACAGGUCCAUAUCCACUUCAGCGGAGCUCCAUGCCUUCGCUUCCACAUGUAAAAGACCCCCCGAGUGCCAUGAUGCUUUCACCAACACAGACCCGCCUCGUCCCCCCACGCUUGUGGAUAAAGCUGUGUGUGCCUUUGGCACUGCGAGUAGCCCUGACUCACAACGUUCAGGGAAUCAGCAGCUUUCCAGUGAAGGUCUUGUUCGGUACACAGAAGGAACCGCACAGGAGCAAGAGAAGAAGAAUCUGGGUUUGGAUGGACGCCGGUUCAUAAGUGUCUUGGAUCUGGAAGACAAAGCCCUGCAUCAGGACUUACCAGCCUGUCUCAGCCCAGGAGCACAAGAUGUUCCUUCCAUCCGCCCUUCUACACCCACCUCCGCUCAGCUGCAUCUACUCGCUCUUUCUGUUAUUAGGAAUGAUGCUGCUGCAGAUCCACCACCAGUCGUCACAAUUCCAGAGGAUCUCGACUGGAGGUCACACACAGAUAUCCCUGAGGAGUCGCCAUCAUUCAGCCACAUUCAGCGCAAUAGUGAUCCAGAAAGAAUCAUUCAACGAGAGAUGGGAGAACUACCCGACUCUGAAAUCUGUCGAGCCAUAAAGACCCAGAGCGUUGCACCUCGCAGUGCCUCCACACCUCCUACAGUCUGGUUCUCCUCCCGCCUGUCGGAGCUGGACGCUCAGUUGGCUGCUCUACAGAACAUUGCAGAUGAGUUGGAGAUGGACUUCUCCAACUCCAGGAUGCUGGUGAACACUAUUGAAAAUCUCCCGCAAGUCUCGGCUCCUGAUGUAAAGACUACCACGGCAGUGAAAAAAACAGUCAGACUGUCUUUCCCACAGGAAGCAUGGUUACCACGAUUGGACACUUUGAUUGAACUGAAUCCGUGUGAAGAAGAAGAUGAAGAAGAAGAAGAAAGAGAAGGAGACGAAGUAGAAGAAGAAGGAGGAGAAGAUGAAGAAAGUGUGCUUCACAAUGAUUCCUGGGAUUCUGGAAGGAAGCCAUCUUUUCGUUAUUCUACUUCUUCUUACAGUCACAACGCUGGCCCCUCCUACCUUCACACCUCUCCAAAAAAGACAUUUCAGCUGACUGAGGCAUCUGGAAUACCUCCUGUCUGGGCAGAUGAGAAUCUGGGUCAGACUGGGCUAUCCGAUACAGCAGAAAUCUUAGACGAGUUGUUUAGGGAAGGGUAUUUAUCCCUGACUGACUUGGAGCUGUCCAAUCCACAGACUGCAAACCGUAGCAGCAGGCUGGACCAGGCGCAAAGUAGCUGGAUGUCGCAGAAACGCGUCCUUCCGGAGGAUGAGAGGAGGGAGCUGAGGGUCUGGAUGAGGAGGAAACAGAGGGAAAGACUGGCUGUCUAUCAAAAACACAGAGAAAGCCUGAGGGAGAGGGAGCACAAACCCUUUUCUACCUCUGGAAAAGUGAAAUCAAAAAGAAAUAAUCAAGCAACCGUUUGGAGAACCAGAGAGGAAAAGGAGAAGUUCAUGCUUCUGGAGCAAUACAACCAGAGGACCCGUGAAGCCUAUUCUUUGGUCAGUGACUUUCCCAGCAGUCGUCCAACCUUACGUACUUCUUCACCAGUGCCCUUAACUACACGGCCCACCUAUGCUCCGCCCUCUGGUAGCACUCACAGGGAAUACAGUGUGCCUACCAACAAUAAAACAAGACUGAAGUCCCGACAAGUUCAACCUCACCUUCGUCAGUGUACUGCUGAGAUGCAGGGACGGUCCUCAGAGGAGCACCGCAGGAGACUGGGACUACACAGACCAGUUACCGCUCUUCCAAGGGACCGUCUGUCUCAGGUGACCAGGCGUGGCAUGCUCACGUACACAAAGAGCAGCACCACACUGACCACAGCCGGCCAGAGGGAGGAACAGAGGGAGACGGGGCUGAACCAAGGUUCUUCAAGAGAGACCGUUAUCGGGAGGGGGAUGCUGAGGGACCAGGCGAGGAUGGAAGAGAGAGAAGAGGUGAACCGUUGGGAGACCACUUCAGAAUUGAACAGGCUGCUGGAGCCGGAGGAGUCCGACAGAGAUUUGGCUGGACUGUUGGAGGAGCCGGAUGAUGGCGCCAGAGCUGGUGUGUCGGCGAUGGACCUGCUGGACAACCUUUCUGAGAGCGCCAGCAGCAGCCUCAGUAAAAUAGACUGGGCCGCUAUCGAGAGUAUGGUGGCUGCAGAGGACGCUUGAGUUUAGGUGGAUGGAAUAUUACUGAAAAACACGUCCAACAUUGUAUGCCUUUUGAAUACUUUGUAAUUCAGAAGCAUUUUAAAGUAUGAUCAUAUAAAUUAUAAUGUAGAUACUGUUUAUAAAUUAGAUAUGAUCAGCAGUGAUAUUAAAUGUCAUGACAGAUUGAUUUGUAUUGGUAAAAUAGGCCAACAAUGAAUUAUAGUUGGUGUUUUUCAUAUAGAAUUUCUAAUGGAAUAUUUUUUUACAAUGAUCUUGAAACUUUAGUUUUGUGCCAUUUGUGUGUAACGUUUUCUAGAUUUGUCAUUUAUUUUUCUCCGAAAUAUAGUAACGUGACCCUCGAUUACUCUGUUCUGCGGUCUAAACGUGACCCCCAACCUCUCCGUUCCUGCUGUCUGUCUAAAACCCCGCUAUCAAUUCCAGGAUCUGUUAAAAUCCCACCAUACGUUACUUGGUAGCCUAUAUCUAAAUCUCGAUCAGGUUCUGCGGUCGAUAGAGAUCCCUGUAUCCUGAGUUGUUACUCCAUCUUAUAAAAACAUGUCAGCUGACACAAAGAAACAAAACUAAAACUUAUUAUUGAAAUGUCUCAACGUUUUAAUUGUUAAAAAUGAAGAAUGUUUUCAUGUGUAUUUGAGCAUUUCAAAGCUGUUUCUCUCAUCCUCAUCUGUAUCUGUGUAGCCGGAGAGCUCUGCCCACUGGAUCACAAAAGAAUGCUUUUGUUAUAUCUGAAUCUUCCAAACAUUAAAUGUAAGACCACCUAUA